GUAUUAGGAGCGAAUCCGUUCCGUUUUGGAUGAAUCCGCCUCUCCGUGUUCAGAGUUCCUUUUGACGCACUUAAAGAGUGUUCCCUCAACCUUAAGGCGAGUAAUAGCGACCAAUCAUCAAGCCAUUACAGGCUUCAGAGGAAGAUGUUUGUGUGAUUCCAACCCUAAUUAGGCUCAUGAACUAACAAAUCGUUUGCACAACUGGUGAAGAACUGAUCACAUCCAUGGAUUGUCUGAGGACUAGGUGACCACCUUACAGAAGACUUUUUCAGCCCAACCACAAACCUUUCUGCUGCUUUUCCAACUUAAUCCUGCAAGCAAACUUUCACCAAUUUCCUGGAGUAUUUUCUUUUAACGAGCUCGCCUGCUUUGCUUGCGCUGGGGGAUCUUGACUGGUAAAAAUCAUGUUUCAGCCAGCACCAAAGAGGUGUUUUACUAUCGAAUCUUUGGUAGCGAAGGAUAAUCCACUGCCUGCUUCCAGAGGCGAGGAACCCAUCCGACCAGCGGCCCUUAGCUAUGCAAACUCAAACCAGAUGAACCCUUUCUUGAACGGCUUUCACUCUAGCGGCAGGGGCGUCUAUUCUAACCCGGACUUGAUGUUUGCAGAGGCGGUUUCUCAUCCUCCAAACUCUGCCGUCCCGGUUCAUCCAGUCCCCCCUCCACACGCACUGGCAGCCCACCCUCUUUCCUCGUCUCACAAUCCUCAUCCCCUCUUUGCCAGCCAGCAAAGGGACCCGUCAACUUUCUACCCAUGGCUAAUACACAGAUAUAGGUAUCUGGGACACAGAUUUCAAGGGCACGAAACGAGUCCGGAAAGCUUCCUUUUACACAAUGCGCUGGCCAGAAAACCCAAAAGAAUCCGGACAGCGUUCUCCCCGUCACAGCUACUGCGGCUGGAACACGCGUUCGAAAAAAACCACUAUGUGGUUGGGGCCGAAAGAAAACAACUUGCACACAGUCUAAGUCUCACUGAAACACAGGUAAAAGUGUGGUUUCAGAACCGAAGGACAAAAUUUAAGCGCCAGAAAUUGGAAGAGGAAGGCUCCGAUUCACAGCAGAAGAAAAAGGGAACUCAUCACAUCAACCGAUGGAGACUCGCCACCAAGCAGCCGAGUCCAGAGGAAAUAGACGUCACUUCGGACGAUUAAGAACGAGUGAUCAGAAACCCGUGUAGCGUGCAGCUUUCAGGAUCACACAACCAAUAGCGAGGUGUUACCGAUUGAAAGGGUAAAAAAAUACUUCAUCAAAACCUUUGGAGAGCGCCGAGAGGGUGAGAGGUCCAUAAUGUGACACUGCUGCUGGCAGAACCGUGGCAUGGAUCUGUCAAUCAAACUCCAAGCACCGAGACCAUGAUUGACAGGUAUUACAUUGUAUGCAGUCCACUUCAAAAUUACAAACAGAAAAAACAAAACAAAAACAAUUCCAAUCCAUAUUGGACAUUUGCACUUCAGAGAAACCCCAAACUUAACAAUUAACGUUCCAUACACGAAACCAAAAUUCACAUUUUUUUUUUCUUUUUAGAAAACGUGAAUUGCAUGUGAUCUGUUUUCCCCAGACAGAUAUUUAUAUAUAUAAAAAAGAGAACCCUUGGGUUUUUUGUUUUUGUUUUUUUGUUUUGCUUUAGGAGAGGUUUCUGUGUGCUUCUAUUGUUUAUUUUACAACAAUGUGCAGUUUUUACUUCUGGUGUCAAAGUGUUUGUGAAUGCCAUAUGAAGUAGCAGUUCUUGCGUUAUAGUGUUAUAAAAAUAAAUAAAUUAAAAAAAAAAAA